ACUAGUCCACCACUUUAUAAAAAGUCAAACAUCUUAUCCUUCUCCCCCCUACAUCACACACUCUCUUUGUACAUUUGAUUCUUUUCUUGUACUUCGUCCCUGUUCUUUUUCUUGCAAGAACUGCCCAUCAAUUCUCAUCAUGGAGAAUCAAACAAGCGGUGUCAAGUAUGAAGAGGAAUACAUCGUGAAUUCACGAGGAUUGAAGCUUUUUACGUGCCGAUGGUCGCCUGCCGACACCGAACCUAAAGCUUUGAUAUUCUUGUGCCAUGGUUAUGGCAUGGAGUGCAGCAUCUCAAUGCGAGGUUGUGCCAAUAGGCUUGUUAGAGCGGGGUAUGAAGUUCAUGGCAUCGACUGCGAAGGCCAUGGAAAGUCGUCUGGUCUGCUCGGAUUGAUCUCCAACUUUGAUGAACUUGUCGACGACCUCACUGAACACUUCACCAACAUCUCCGAAAGAAGAGAGAAUAGGAAGAAGAUGAGGAUACUAAUGGGAGAAUCGAUGGGAGGGGCUAUGGUGCUCCGCCUGCACAGGAAGAAGCCUGAUUACUGGGACGGUGCCGUCCUCAUCGCGCCUAUGUGCAAGAUUGCUGAUGAAAUCAGACCAAGUCCAGUGGUUAUCAAAAUUCUGACCGCAUUGGCCCGCGUCAUCCCGACCUGGAAACUCACCCCUACUCCAGACAUCAUCGACAUUGCCUUCAGGGACCCCCAAGUCAGAAAUGAGGUUAGAUCCAAUCCAUACACUUACAAAGGCCGACCUCGUCUGCAAACCAGCUACCAAUUGUACACAGUCAGUACGGAUUUGGAGAAACGACUCGAAGAGGUUGCGUUGCCAUUCAUUGUACUCCAUGGGGAAGAGGAUAAGGUGACGGAUCCAUCGGUGAGCAAAAUCUUGUACGAAUCGGCUCGCUCCUCGGACAAGACAUUCAAGUUGUACCCAGGGAUGUGGCAUUCUUUGUCCUACGGCGAGUUGCCGGAAAAUCUCGACACCGUGUUCUCCGACAUAGCGCUGUGGUUGGACAACGCCCGAAAUGCUAAGUUGGAAGAACAACAGAAGUUUGCUAAUGACCACAAUGCGCUCGAAUCCAACUACAGUAAAUAAGGAAUUUGAAGUGGAUGGAUGUAAUGAUUGUACCGUGAUGAUAUGUGUACUAUACAUGUAAUUUUGAAAUGAAGUAAUUCAAUUUGUUUGGUUAUAUCAGUAGUUGUAAUAUUAGAAUUUUGGCUUUUUUUCCAAACCGAAGAGUUUGGAAAGUCUGAGUUGAGCACACAUAUUUCUCUUUAAGAUGUAAGAAAAACGCCUACCUCACUUGAGAAAGUGAUAACUCAAGAAA